CAAGUCUUCAGCUAUUUUUAUCUUUAACAGUUCAUGCGUCAAUCGGCUUCCACUUCUGCCCUCCCCUUGAUACGAUCAAUCAUGCAGCAAGUUUUAGCUCUCUGCUUGGUCACCAAAGAUUUUAGCUUUUCUCGCCCCUUAAUAUGCACACAUAUCGCAAAUACAGCGGCAACAAUCGGCCAAAUACAGCUUCUUGGAGUCUCGAUCGAAAACUUGAUACGUAGCCCACCGAUGAGAAUACGGCGCGUGAUGAUAGCAUGAGCAUAAUUCAACACACAGGUUCUGAUUCUAUCUGUUGGUUUCAUACCACAAAGUCUUCUUUUUCCUAAUACUCGCAAGGCUAUGAUAGACAUUUGGUUAUUCGCAUGGUGGCUAGAUCAAUAUGCAUGCUUUCAGACCGCAAUCAAUACAAGGACAAGCUUGAACGGAGUUCGGCACAUUGGCAAACAAUUGUAUGGGUAUGAGACCGUGAUGAUUAUGAAGAUAAGGUAGACAGCGGUUAGAGUAGCUAUGAAACGAGCCACGGACUCUGUGGUCAAACUUUUACGUAAAUUCCAUCUUUAUCCUUUGAUACAUCAAUAAAUCUUGUUUUCAUGAAUAUAGGAAACUAUGGAAAGAUACCAAGACUAAAGAUGCCUGGCAUGUACUGCAAAGCACAACUUUCGAAACUACUGGAGUGUGGCCGUAAACAACAUAUAAUGCACCUUGUAGUCAAACCGCUUGUCAAACAACACCGAGAAGCGUUUAGACUCUGUUUUCGCCUAGUCCUUCCUCCUAGCGGCGAAAACCCAAUAAAUGAUG